GAAAUCCUGAAAGACGGUGCACGCGCCCGUCCAUCCGCCAGUUCACCUUACAGACGCGCACACUGCAGGCUGCCUGUCAGUCAUUCCACGGCCGUCGACCAGCAAAGAAGCAGACGCGGAAAGUCUCUCCAAGAGAUGGGUCGUGCAGACGGCAAAAGUUAACAACAACGAGACGAGAAUAAAACCAGAAUAUGCGGCGGAGUUUAUGUCUUCGAACAAAGCUUAUAUUGUAGAAAGUCGCAAUGAUUGAAAUUUACAUCCCUUCACUGGAGAGCAGGGCAGAAGAGAGCUCUGGCAAGCAGCGAACAGUUUUUAAAGUGGAAGUUCUUUUCAAUGGCAGGAAACAUUUUGUAUUGAAACGACACAAUGACUUCCAUGUUCUUCAUAAAAAGCUCAGAAAGUUAAUGAAAACUCCAGAUUUCCCGAGUAAACGAAGCCCCCACUGGAGACAAAAGCCUUUAGACCAGAGACGCCAGGAGCUUGAAGAGUAUCUGCAGGAUAUACUGCAGUAUAAGGAUGAGGCUCCAAAGGAGAUCUGGGAAUUUCUGCAUUUGAAGCAUUUACCUUUAAUGAAUAAACCCUGCAGGACUGACGUCUAUCCUUCUCACCAGCAUGUGAUUGGAUUUAGCAAGGACCCAUAUAUCCUUACAUCCACAUCAGGUUCUCUUCCAAAUAUUAUUGAAGAUGGUAUUCUUGGAGGCUUCUACACUCAGGAAAACCCUUGUCUGUGCAUCUUUGAUUACACCAAGAAAUACAGUGCAAAAUCUGUUUAAGUCUCCAGGAAGACACCAUUAGUCCAAGGUCCUCCUGAAGUCACAUCCUUGUCUUUUGGUCUUCCAUCAUUUCAUACAAGCUUGCCAGCAGCUGUUCUUUUAUCAUGUUGUACAUAUUAUGAAACAUUUUUUAUGUUUUUUGUGAAUCCAUAAAAACAUGUAAAUGAGUGUAAAUAAUAACUUUAAAAUGCUCUUUUCACGUAUAUUUAUUGUUAGUUUGAAUUAGGGGCCUGCCACUGUAGAGUUGCUGAUCUUGUAACAGAAAACUAAGUAAUUUGAGGAAUUCUGUGCCAACACUAACAUAUACCUGCAAUUCAAUGCCAAACAUCUAGUUAAUAAGAAACAGCAAUGCCAAGAAUGAAGUUUGAUAUUACAAGGACAAAAUAUUAAAUUGGCAAAAAUAUUAAAACAUUACAAGUUUUGUUUGUACUAAUAUUGCAAGUUUAUUCAAAACGACAAAAUAUUAUCUUUGUCUUUUAGCAACAUUGGAAAUCUUCAAGUUAUUUUUGUUAUCAGUGAACACUGACUAGUUUCUCAACAUGUAGAGUGUGUCAGUGCUAGGACAUCCUGGAGGACUGCACACACAAUUGGUCAUUUUGCCUGAGGAAUUACAUAUUAGGUGAACUGAUGAGUCUAAACUGACCUGCAUUUGAGUGUGAGUGUGGUUUGGCUGGACCUCCAGUUCACCAGUGCCUAAUCAGAACUGGUGGUAAAAUCCCUGUAAACCAAGGAAAUGGAUAAAGUAAGCAGUUGCUUACAGAAAUGUUUGUCCAGCACUCCAAAAUAUUUGUCAUUGUCUGUUUAUACACUAUAAACCUGUUAGACAAUUCAGUUUUCAGAUGUUCGCAACCAACUCAUUCAGGUUUGUGACUGUGAUGCUUUCUUUCCCAGUCUAUGUUUCUAUGUUUGAGCUUCAUCUGUAAUAAGGUUUACCUGCUUUUCUUUUCCUUUUUAUUUGUUGCUUCUUUGUAUUUGAGACAAUAAGAACAGUCAUCACAAUUAAUGGUCAUAUUUGUCAUCUGGUAAUGUUACUUGGACUUUUUUAGUUGUAUGGUUUACCUUUGUUUUAUUUCAAAAGCUAUGUUUCAAACCCGCAUUUUAAGAUCAGUUGGGUAACUUUCCUGUGCCCUCCUUGUUUAUUUUUUAUGUCUGGUACAUUAUUGUAUCCUUCUUUUGCCUGUAAAAAAGCACAUUCAGGUGGUUCAUGCCCUCAAUGGCACUGAAUAAAAUAAAGAAUGAAGGAUUUAUUGAGAUGCGCAUGUAGCAGGGCUACAUAAUAAUAAGUAUUUGUUUUUUUGUCUAUGCUGAGUGCGUUUUGUUUUCAUCAUCCUGUUUACUGUUCGUUAUAUGUGCGUCAGUAAAUGUUGUUCCCAUAAGUAAACAGGGGAAGGAUGAUGAAGGGAUACCGCAACCCAUGACAGAAAUCACCUGUUGGAUCCACCAGUUACAUCCGGGACAUUCUGCAUUUAAACAAGAGGAGCGAAACGAAGAGAAGAGGGAAAGAGUAGAGAGGAGAGAAAUCAAGGAGCGAAAAGAAGACAAAUUAGCCAUUCAUUUACCAACUCAUCACUGGCGAUCAUUGCUUUAUUCCAUUGCUUGCUUUUUCAACAUCCGAUUCAUCAUCACGACAUCCAGUACCGAGGAACCCCGGGGUUCAGAUUCAUCCCACCCAUUGCCAGGACUUUCACGGUGAGGUAGGACGUUUUACCGGAUUUUACACUGCAGUGUGGAGUGAUGUAAGAACCUCAGCGGCAGCCCCUAUGGAGGAACAGCACGAAGAGGUAAGGCCAGUGCUAAAGAAAUGGGCCGAGGUGUGGACUGAAAAAUUAGGAGUCACCCAUGGGGUUACCCACAAGAUCCACACCUAAGACAAAAUUCCAAUAAGGCACCAAGCCUACCGAGUUUCUUCCCUGAAGAAGGGCAUAAUUAAGGAACAUCUGGACUGAAUGCUCGCCAAGGGAAUAAUCGAGCCAUCUUCCUCCUCCUGGGCGUUUCCUGUAGUCCUUGUGAAGAAGACGGAUGAGACCUAUUGUUUCUGUGUGGACUACAGGGGGGUUAAUUCAAAGAUGAGCCUGGAUGCAUAUCCCAUGCCCCUAGUUCACGAAAUUUUGAAGUCACUGCACGGGGCCGUGGUUUUCAGUACCUUGCACCUCCGCAGUGGCUACUGGCAGGUGUCAGUGGACGGGGGAGUAAAAAGAAGAUGGCAGUCAUCACCCCCAAAGGCUUUUGGGCUUAAAAAUGCUGGUGCCACCUUCCAGCAGCUCAUGAAACAAAUGUUGAGGGGGUUGAUAGGCAAGAUCUGCUUUGUGUACAUCAACAAAGUCAUUGUUUAUUCCUCUUCAAUAAAACAACAUAUCCGUGACUCAAAUACCAUCUUCCAGGGACUACAUCAAGCGCACCUCAUGCUGAACACCAAAAAGUGUACCUUCAUUCAACCCCACAUCCGCUUCCUCAGGUACAUUCUUUCAUCGGAGGGAGUCCCUGUCCGGGACUACCCCAUGCCUACAGAUUUAAAAUGACUACAACGUUUCCUUGGGUUAGUGGGGUGGUAUCACAAGUUCAUCCCAAGGAUGGCCAAUAUAGCAGCUCCCUUGAAUUACCUGAGGAAAAAAGAUGUCCUGUGGGAGUGGACGAAGGAGUGCCAGGACACGGUCGAGCAACUCAAGAUCCACCUUUAAAAGCCACCCGUUCUGUCCAGCCAGAUCCACAGCUGACUUUCCAGGUAUAGACCAAUGCCAGCAACCUGGGGCUUGGUGCAGUGCUCACGCAAAAGGUCAACAAUGUUGAACUUGUCAUCUCGUAUGCCACUCAAGCAUUGCACGGCGCUGAGCUGAAUUAUUCGACAGCUGAAAAGGAAUGUUUGGCCAUUGUGUGGGCUGUGGAAAAAUGAAGACACUAUCUGGAGGGGGUUGAGUUUGAAGUGUAACACGGACCAUCACGUUCUGAACUGGGUGUUUAACCACCCGAAGACCUCCUCCCUUCUAACCAGGAAGGUACUCCGCUGAGGUGACCUAUCGGAAGGGCUGUGGCAAUAUUAUGCCUGAUGCUCUGUCCAGGAUGUCAGAGCCACAGGGGAUGGUGUGUUUGGCAAAGGCAAAAAAGAUGGUCCUCCCUUUGCCAAAAAGCCUGCAGGAUCUGGCUCAAGCACAAGCCCCAGUCCAUUCUGCCAAAACAUCAAGGAGGGAUUGGAGCAGCAGCGCACCAAUCGGGUGCACUUCGUGGACCUCCAGGGGGUUCUGUACAGGACAAUUCCAUCCUCCCUUGAAGGGUCUACAACACAAACUAGUCCCGGAGGUGCUCAUCUCCAACUUCCUGGACUAUUACCACAACAGACCUUUGAGUAGUCACCUUGGAAAGACGAAGACUCUGUUGAAGAUUUUGGGGGUUGAGUGGUGGUCGUCUGUCCAGAAAGAAAUUUGCCACUACGUGAAGAUGUGCUUAACUUGUCAAAACAAUAAAAAACCCACCUGGUAAACCGGCAGGAUUCCUUUAAUCGAGGAUCGCUGAUGGACCGGAGGAGACUCUGGGAGUCGACCUGAUGGGGCCAUUACCUGUUACCAGCUCGAGGAAGACCAUCCUGAUGGUGGUAAUUGAUCAUUUUUUUUUGGGUGGAGCUGUUCGUAGUAACGGAUGCAAGGACUAACAAAAUAUGCUCCACCCUGAAGAACGAAAUAUUCACCCGCUGGGGGGUGCCGAAGAACAUUGUUUCAGACUAGGGUCUUAAGUUCAUGAGCUCUGUAUUGGAUGAACUUUAUACAGCCUAGGGAGUGAAGAAAGUCCUGACAACAGCUUACCUUCCCCAGGCCAAUAUGACAGAGCGAGUGAACUGGACCCUGAAGAGCAUGGUCGGCUCCUAUGUGGGUGAACACCAUGAGGACUGGGAUAAAUGGCUCCCCAAGCUCCAGUUUGCCCUGAACACUGCAGUGCAUGAAACCACAGGUGAGACACCUGCUUUGGCAGUGCUGGGCAGACAGCUGAAGGAUCUGCUUGACCAACUCCUUCCCAGAGACCCUAGUCCAGAAACCAGCAAUUACAAUAAUCGAGCUAAGGUUGAGGAAUUUCAGCGGAGAAUCCAACAGAGGUUGGUGGGUUCGACAUCCAGACACUCCAAAUUAUAUAAUGCCCGGCGUAAGGAAGUGCACUUUCAGCCUGGUGAUUUGGUCUGGAUUAGAGCUCACCAUCUCUCGGAUGCCAGCAAGAGAUUAUCUGCCAAGCUUGUGCCUAAAUGGUUAGGUCCAGCCCAAAUCAUUUCACAAACAGGUCCUGUCGGAGGGGUAUUGGGACUCACUCCAAGACAGAUGCAAUUCAUGUGGCCAAUUUCAAUAUGUACUUCGGCCCUCCCUUGUCCAAGGUUUGGAGGGGGUGGGGUGGAGGGUAAAGAAUGUAGCAGGGCUACAUAAAAAUAAAUAUUUGUUUUUUUUGUCUGUGCUGAGUGUGUUUUGUUUUCGCUGUCCCCUUUACUGUUCAUUAUAUGUGCAUCAGUAAAUGUUGUCCCUGUAAGUGAAGAGGGGAAGGAUGAUGGAGGGAGACUGUAGUCCCGAGAAGAAAAUCACCUGUUAACUCACCAGAUACAUCCGAGUAAUUCUGCAUUUAAACAACAAGAGCAAAAUUGGGGGUCGUGUGUGGGAGAGAGAGAGACAGAGGAGAAGUAGAGGAGAGAAAUCAAGGAGCGAAAAGAAGACAAUUUAGCCAUUCAUUUACCAACUGCCGAUCAUUGCUUUAUUCCACUGCUUGCUUUUUCAACAUCUGAUUCAUCACAACAGCCAGCACCGAGGAACCCCGGAGUUCGGAUUCAUCCCAGCCAUUGCCAGGAUUUUCACGGUGAGGUUGUUUUGUUUUCAGGAAGGAGCACAAUAACAUUACAGCCAGUAUCAAUACCGCCGGACUUUAUUAUCGUUGGACUCAUUUCAAUUGCUGUGUUUAAAUAAUCUGUGUUUGUAUUUGUGUUCCUUGUUUCUAUGUAUUGUUUAGGUGCAAAGGAGGGUUUUUGUAAAUAUUUGUAUAUUCGUGUUUAUAUAUAUUAAUUAGGCACUGGUGUAAUUGGGAUAGUGGUGUUUUGCGUGCACAUAUCUAUGUUAUUGAAUAUUUGUUUGUCCUUAUCAUUUACAAUAUAUCCGUGUUUGAUUUUA